UGCUAUCGAGUACUGUAACUUUGUCGCCGAGGCUUGUCAUGGCUGACAACCCUUCAAUUCGCAACGUCUUUUCUCUUUGUAUUCUCAUAACUUGGUUUCUUGUUAUAUUGCCUUGAUACGGUUCCGCCCGAAGCAAGGACUCGCAAUUGCCGCCCUCCCGCUAACGACAGCACCAUGGCUACCCUUGCCAACUCGUUCUCACAGACCUCCGAUGCGCCGGCUAUCAUUGUUCCUGGCCGACCGUCAUUGACGAUCACGUAUACGCAGCUAUGCGCUGAGGUCGCUUCGUUCCAGCGGAAACUCGCAUCUCUCGGUAUAUCACCCGCGUCAGCAGUCUCAAUUGCCCUUCCGAACACCUACGAAUUCAUCGUGGCUUUCAUUGCAGCGUCAUGGCAAAGAGCGAUCGCUGCACCACUCAAUCCCUCUUACAAGCAAGAUGAGUUCGAGUUCUACAUUGAUGAUCUCAGCUCGGCUGUCACGCUGGUACCCAAAGGAGCAUACCAACAAGAUGCCGCGGCUGUAAGAGCAGCACGCAAAUAUAAGGCGGCUAUUGCGGAAUGCUACUGGAAUGGUAAUGAGGUGGUCCUAGAUGUGAAAGAGAAGGGGAAGCUGGAAUCAAAAGGGGCUCAGCGAUUGGAGGGAGCGCAGCCAGAUGAUGUUGCUCUGGUCCUGCACACGAGCGGAACCACUGGGCGGCCGAAAGCUGUUCCAUUGACUCAUAGAAACUUGACUCGGACCAUGGGAAAUAUACAACGCACAUACAGCCUCACCACUAGAGAUCGGACGAUGCUUGUGAUGCCCUUAUUUCAUGUCCACGGACUUCUGGCUGGUUUUCUUGCCCCAUUAGCAUCCAGCGGAUCUGUGAUUGUACCUCUGAAGUUCUCUGCCUCUGACUUCUGGCGAGACUUCAUAGAGCACAAAGCCAACUGGUACACUGCGGUGCCCACUAUACAUCAGAUUCUGCUGAAGACUCCACUCCCAAGUCCAAUUCCAGACAUUCGUUUCAUUCGCUCGUGUUCGUCUCCUUUGUCGCCAAAGACAUUCCAUGAGAUCGAGAAGAGCUUCAAUGCACCCGUACUCGAAGCGUAUGCAAUGACCGAAGCAGCACAUCAGAUGACAUCGAAUCCCUUACCUCCUGGCAAGAGACAGCCCGGAAGCGUAGGUAUCGGUCAAGGAGUCGAAAUCAAGAUUCUUGACCAAGAAGGUAACGAAGUUCCCCAGGGCUCAGAGGCAGAAAUCUGUAUCCGCGGGGAGAACGUGACCAAAGGAUAUCUGAAUAACCCCGAGGCAAACAAAACGUCUUUCACGCGAGGAGGCUUCUUCCGCACUGGCGACCAAGGCAAGAAAGAUGCCGAUGGCUACGUGAUCAUCACAGGCCGCAUCAAAGAGCUCAUCAACAAGGGUGGAGAGAAGAUCAGCCCAAUUGAGCUCGACAACGUCGUCGCCCAGCAUGCAGCUGUUGCAGAAGCUGUCAGCUUCGCAAUAGAAGACGAGAUGUACGGUCAGGAUGUCGGUCUUGCCGUGGUGCUUAAAGAAGGAGGCAAGCUUUCUGCAGAUGAAUUGAGGGGUUGGAUGAAAGACAGGGUUGCGAAGUUCAAACUGCCGAAGAAGAUAUAUUUUACAGAUAUCAUGCCCAAGACAGCAACUGGCAAGGUUCAACGGCGGAUGGUUGCUGAUGCUAUGUCGAAACGCGAGAAGAGACCUGCGAAGCUAUGAGGUGAAGCAUUAUAUGGAGACCACAUUGAUGAGGCAUAAACAGUUAGAGCGCUUGCAGAUAGACGUAGUGGGCUAUAUAGAUCAUCCACUGCUACUUCAACACGUACACAAAUGCUU